AUGUUGAAAUGGGCGGUAAACGGGCCACGCCACACAUAUAUGCAAAGCACGGAACACUUGAACCUGGAACCAAUGAUGAUGGAACCAAAUUCAGGGCUCUCACAAGCCCAGAGAAGACGUCUCAAACGCAAAUCCUCAGAUGUUGGCUCCCUCAGGUCACGCACUUCAUGGCAUGACAAGGAGAAUCAAUAUACCAGCACACCUUUGCACCCUACCUCGCGUAGCUUCAAUGAUAGCCCCUCACGGAAAUUGGAUAGCCUUAAGGAUUUGAGUAACAUUUUGGCAGAACCUUUGGCCUUCCACUCGCCCAAGAGGUUGUCACUACACAAAAGUUCCCCCAGCCUUUUGAAAACACCCGAACCUCAAAGUCAACCUCUAAGAUCUGCCAUGCCAGCGAAUUAUGCCUCCACCCUGCCUACCUUUGAUGUGGAAUAUUCUCCCUGUUCACUGAUACCAGGACCGAUAUUGGCUUUGCGUGGGGUGGGUAUACCCGAUUCCUAUUUUGAAAAGCCUCGAUAUAUUACACCUCAGACACAGGCCAAACCACACAAAUAUCCCCAUUAUUUGGAAGAAUCUUCCCUAAGCUCCUCCAAAAUGGGUGAUACCACGCUGGAGCGCAUGAUCGAUGCCAUUUUAGAAAGUAAUCGGAAACAGGAAAGGAAACAACAAAAACAACACAAACAUCAUGCAACAAAUAUGUCACCCUCCUAUACCCCUGCCGAUGAUCCGGCCAGUGAUUUGCAAGAGGUAUGGGAUUCUGAGAAGGCUCGCUACCGACAAAAGGAACAACAAUUCCGUUCAAAGUUGACCAAAAAAUGUCUCUUCAAUGAAAGGGAAAUUUGUUCACCAGAACCUGCCUGCCAAGAAACUCCAGCCCCACAAGAAAUCCAACCCUUCCAAGAACCUCAACAACAACAACUCUCGGGCCUCUUGAGGAGACAAAGGGGUGUAAGACGUAAGCGGAAACUGGAACAAUUUAAGGCCAGUGUCAUAAAUUCCGCCCAUAAGCUAUUAGCCGAACUGAUACAUGAUGAAGUCCAUCCACAGAAAAUGAUGCGGAAUGUUAGUCCCGAUAGUGGCCAUAAUUCGUCAAGUGAAUAUGAGGAGGAGGGGGAGAAUGAAGAUAGCACCUUGGAGGCGGAUAACAAAACCCUGGAUGCCACCAAGAGGAGAUUGAGUUUUUCGUUAAAUAAAUUAAAUGAAAAUUGA